AUGUCCGCGACUAGAAGUAAUGCUCGCCAUGUCCGCCAACGCAAACUCAACACCAAACAGGGCUUGCGUAUAACACGCGAGCAUGAUAUUGACGAGACGCUUGAUGAUGAAGCCUCUCGACAAAUACCUCAGCUUGAGACGGGUGUCGAGAAAGGUGAAGAAGUCGAAGUCCAUCUGCAAGCCGUGAUUAAUGCCAACAAUGCCACUGCACUCGGCGCAAAUGCGCAUCAAAGUUACAUUCCAACGCCCGAUGCUGUUCGGGCGACGGAUGUGAAAUUUGAUGAGUUAUACCCCAAGGUCUUCACCGAGCCCUCGACAUAUAUUCGUUUCAGCUCGACGCUUGAAGAUUGCACUGGUGUUGCGUAUUGCAUGAACGAAGAUGACGCUGCAUUCCUCGCACAGCUCAACGAAGGCAAGGAUGUCAACGGGCAGCCGCUCAAAGACAAGUCGAAACAGUGCUCCGAAGACACCUUUGAAGAGAUUAUGAAUUUCUUCGAAGAGGUUAGCAAGCGAGAGCAGCCCUUUGCCAACCUAGGCAGUGCUCCUCUUUUGACUCUCGAUGAGAUGCAGAGAGCCUGCGAUGAAGAUGAGCCACUUUCUUCUGAUGCGCAAUGGUUUUUGAGCACGGUGUACGAGUAUUGGGCUGGCCGAAAGGGCGACCGUCCGAUGAUGCCAAGUAUCAAAGUCCGAGUCUUGGAUGCAACAUCAGAAGCGGAUGAGGCUGACCCGUAUGUAUGCUUCCGUCGUCGUGAAGUGAGGCAAACCCGCAAGACUCGUGGCAGAGAUGCUCAAGUUGUUGAAAAGCUCAAGAAGCUGCGAUGGGAGCUUGAACAAGGCCGCUCGCUGGUGGAAAUGACUAGACUCCGAGAGGAAAAGAACAAGGCUGCUCUCGAAAACACCAGGAAGAUAUUUGACCAGCGGCAGGCACUGAAAGAAGUCAAGAUCACCAAGCAAAUCAUUGGGGAGAAGGGAGAGGACGAGGAGCUGCUGGUCAAUCAAAAGCCCCUCAUCAAAGCAAACCGUUCAGGCGGCAGUCAACAACGCCCAACACUCCGACUCAGUCGCUCGAUCGGCGGUGGCAAUGCUCCCGAGAAUGAUCUCAACUCUCUGGCUGACAUGCAGGCGGAGAGUGAAGCGCUUGUGAACCACACAAUUGAGAGCCGAAAGGAUCAGCACAAACGGUGGAACAACCAGUGGGAAGACCUGACCUGGCAUCCUCUCACGCCGCCAGCAGAUGUACCCGAACAGGCAAACAAGUGGGCUUCGCUCAUGUCCCACGUGCCUGGCUACCCGACGCCGCCGGCAUCUAGAAGCUCGCAGGAUCGCGAUGGUGACGUGGAAAUGCCGGACACGCAACCUCCAGAGCAGGACGCUCUAGCAGGUGCGGAGGAGGAGUAUCGUUUCAAUUAUUCAGUGCCGUCGCCACUGUACCCGAUGGAUACAUAUUACGGAGACGACGACACGUGUGCCAGACGUUUCGAAAAGCCAGUUUGUCGCCUACGCCGUGGCCGGGGUGGCCGAAUGCAUCUUGAAGCGAAAAAACAUCGACUGAGAGGCGCCAUCAGCAGAGGUGUUGUAUCCGACUCUGAGAGUGAUGAUGAAGUCGUGGACUACUAUGCAGUAUCGGAAGCGAAGGCCUUUGACUAUCGCUGCGCGUUGAAUAACAGGCCCCGUUCCGAUAGUUCACGGCCUAGCGGAGAUCAGACCGCUAUCAUGGCUGGGGCACAGGCUCCUUUGGCAAACCAGACACAACCUGCUUCGACUGGCGGUAGCGUGUAG